AUGGAGAUUCAACCCUCUUUGGACUUCACCAGCAACAACAGCCAAACUCGAGGCGACAUAAAGUUGCCUUUGACCUCGUGUCAACGCAAACGCACAGUCUGCCGGAGACGUGGGGACAUGACGGAAGCCCAACUAAAACUGAAGCGCCAGCAAGAUCGAGAUGCGCAAAGCCGGAAAAGGCAACGCAUACGAGAGAGCAAUCAACGCAUGGAACACUUGGAAAAGGUUGUCGUUGAAAUGAAGCGUGAACUUGUGGCAGAGAAGAACAGAUGCACACAGCUGCAACGGCGCGUCCACCAACUUCUCGCGACAAUCAGUUACCGGACUGCGGAUGUCGGAAAUGUUCAAACCAUCUCGUUGGAGCGUCUGCCACUUUACACGCAAUGCUUCCCUCGGGGCCCAUUGUCAGCAUCCAUCCCGGAUUCACAAGCUUCUACUUCUCCCCGCGAGUGGUUAGUAAAUUUGGGUGGCUCGCGGGGAAGGACUCCUCUAACGGAAGAAGCUUGA